AUUGCCCAAGAUCUAGAGCAGAGAGCGCUAAAGAUGAAGAUGAAGAUGAAGAUGAACGCUUACAAGACGGCCGCUGCCGAGUCGGGAAUGGGAUCUGACUCCGGCAGCACCUCCUAUUCACGGGACCGCCGCCUGCGCAAGGAAAUGUCUCCGGACAAUGAGUCGUUACAGUCGGCUGACAGCGACGGCUCCGAAACGAGCAAAGUCAGCAUCACUAGCGCCCUCUCUACGCAGUCUGAGCGGCCGCGCGGAAACCGUAAACUCAGCGAAUUCAGCACAGAUAUGCAGCCUCCUCACUGA